AUGUCCUGGCCAGACAAUCAUGCUCCACGCAACCAUGUCGCUGGACAAGCGCACAACAGCUCAAUUCACCAGGCAGCCGCAAACGAUGAUCUGACUGUGGUCUCCGAUUUGCUAGACGGCGGAGUUGAUGUCAAUAUUCGCGACAAGUCACUCUGCACCGCGUUACAUUAUGCAGUGCGUAACAACAGCUCUGCAAUGGUGCAGUUGUUGCUGCUCCGUGGAGCUGAUACCAGCUUGCGCGACAACGGGACCGUCGAUGAACCUGACGGCUUCACUCCGGUCGAAAACGCGGCACGCUUGAACAUGAUGGCUGCUAUGCAAGAACUCAUUGUGCACGCGGUCGAUAUUGAGUCUUCCAAUGCUAUCCAUCUUGCAGCAAGGGAAGACCACAUGGAGAUUCUUCAUUUGCUUUUCGACAAAAUCUCUAGCAACUCGGGCGUAUCUCAUCGACAAGCAGUCGCAGAUGCCUUGCGUGAAUCGGCUAAGAACCACUCUCUUCAGAUGGUUCGAUUCAUGUUGCAGAAGCUCGACGACGAGCUCGAGACGCAUACGCCCAAUGAAUACCGGCAAGACGCAUUGAAUCGUGCUCUUCUGGCAGUUUUCGAUUAUGGAGAUGGGAUGGGUGUCUUGCCUGAGUACAUUCGUUCCCAAAACUGGGAUCAUGCGAUCCAAAUUCUCGACAUCUUGCUAAAGGCAGGUGCGUCUAUCAACGCCCAUAGUGAUGAUCCGGAACGACGCACGGCAUUGCACUCUGCCCUCCACGAACAAGAUCCUCCUUCGAGGCUUUUAGUCUUCCUGUUAGAACGUGGCGCUGAUGUAAAUUAUCGUAACUCUUACGGACGCUCGGCAUUCUUUGAAUUGCUGGUUCAUCCGAAGGCAACUGAAGAGCUCGUCAAGGUUUUCACAGAUGCUGGUGCAGUAGUCGAGUCUCCAGAUGUGAGAGGUCAAACACCCCUACAUGGCGUAUGUAAACCAACGAUAGCCUCCUGGCUGAUUGCUUCUGGAGGGGAUCUUUCUGCUGUGGACGAUCAAGGUGAAAUUCCUCUACAUAAGGCAAUACACAACCUUGAGUUGAUUUCUCUCUUUGUAGAGGCAGGCUCCCCAAUCGACAAACGAAAUACUCUGGGAUGGACACCGUUUAUGCAGUCUCAAUUCGUCAGUAUUUCGGAAUUGCUGCUUGAUCACGGUGCAAACAUCCACGCGGCGACAGAUCAACCCUUGAAAGGCACCACAGCAAUUCACCAAGCUGCAAGAGCGUGCAACUCGAAGCUGCUCUUGUUCUUGUUAGCAAAUGGUGCAGAUGUUCACGCUCGUGCAGCACGGGUGGUACCUAGUAGCGCGUUAAGCAUAAGCGCCCCUGUCAUCGUCGAGGGCAAUACACCGCUCCAUCUAGUCGUUAAUUCCGCUGCAGGCGCCAUGGGGGGAGACCCUCUAGAAGUGGUGACGGCGCUGCUUGAUCAUGGUGCCGAUAUCGAGGCCAAAGAGGGCACUGGGAAGACGCCUUUACUUCUGGCGAUUACGACAGAAAUCUACCACAAAGGGAGCUACAUACCCAACAAGAACGUAGUGGAGUUGUUGUUGCGGCGCGGAGCAAAUCUUUACGCCAUCGAUGAUUUAGCGAAAACUGCUUUCCAGUUGGCCGACGAUCGACAUUAUCAGAUCAGCGACACGGGAAAUUUUGAAAGAAAAUUUGUUCCUCCACGGUCUUCUCAUGACUAUAGCAUGCCAGGUGGACGUGGUAGAGGACGAGGGGCGUACGGCAGAGAGAAUUUCUAUUCUUAG